AUGUCAGGCCAGCGAGCGAAAGAUGCUGCUCGCCAUUUGAAGGAUGAAAUUGUUCAUUCAUUAAAAAAUACAAAAUCUCAUGGAGCAACAGGUUUGGCUGAUCCUACAGGUCAAACAUUGUCUGUACCCGCGAACAAAGAUCGAUCACAAAGUCCAAAUCGGACGAUUGCCACGUUAACGUCGCUUCCAACUGCACCACAGAAUAUAAGUAGCGAUCAUAGUGCAACAUCGUCUCAUUCUGAUAUGACGACAGUUGCUACUCCGUCGUCUUCGUUAACUACACAAAUAUCAACCGGACCACCUCCCCUAGUUGGUUCAAACAUGCCGAAUACAACAACAGCAACCGGAAUUCUAAGUCAACAACAAGCGACCAUGCAAUCCACAGCCCCUGCAACAGCUAAUGGCAAAGAUGAAAUGCGUGGUUGGUUAUAUAAAUGGACAAAUUAUUUAAAAGGCUAUCAAAAGCGUUGGUUUGUAUUACAGAACGGUAUAUUAUCGUAUUAUCGUUCUCAAGAUGAAAUGUCACAUACAUGUCGUGGAACAGUUUAUUUGGAUUCGGCCAAUAUAUCAUCAUCCGAUUCAUGUCAUUUUGUUAUUUCAAAUGGUUCGACAACAAUGCAUUUAAGAACAUCUAACGAGACCGAUAAACAACGUUGGAUAAAUGCAUUAGAAUUAGCUAAAACAACAGCAUUAAAAUAUCGUAAAACAUAUAAUGAUGAUUCGGAUAAUGAUGAUUCGAGUGGUAAUGAAAACGAUUUGGAUGAGGAAAAAUUAAAACUCAGUGGUGGUACAACAGCACUACUAAAAGAAACGGCUACUUCACAAGCGAGUAAUACUGAACGUGCAGAAAUUCAAACAUUAACAAAAACAUUUGAAUCAAAAUUAAAUGAUUUGAAAAUGUGUAUGGAUUUAAUUAAUCGUCAUUAUCAAGCAUUGCAUCGAACACUUGGAGAUUUAGAACAAAUGGAUAAAACAGAGACAACAGUGAACACAAUUAAAAGUGUUAAUGAACGUGCAACACUAUUUCGAAUAACAUCGACAGCUAUGUUAAAUGCUUGUCAAGAAUUAGUACAAUUAAUACAAUCACAAGGACGUAAAUGGCAAAAAGCCAUACAAUUUGAACGUGAUGCAAGAAUAAGAAUGGAAAAAAUGUGUGAGCAAGUGGCGACGCAGUCGGCUAAAUUAGAAAAACAAGUACAGCGUGCAUCAAGAAAAGACAAAGAAGAUAUUGUAGGAGGUACAACGAUGAGUGGUGGACGAUCAACAAUAGCAUCGUUAAAAAAUCUAGAAGGAAAAAUGUCCCGAACAGAAUCAGAUGAUGAAGAAUUUUAUGAUGCUAUUGAUGAUCCACAAACCAUUGGAGUAUUUCGUGUCCCCAUGCAAUCAAACGAAAAAACAAACAACAUAUUGGACGAUGAUGACAGUUCAGGGGAAGAUGAAGCAGAGAGCGAUGUUGAUCAAAAAAAUUAUCCAAUGGUUAUUGUAAAAGGACCAAAGAAGGAUACUGCUACACCAACAACACCGACCACCACUGGUGGUACGACAACGGAGGUAAAUCAGUUGGAAAUAAGCCAUGAGCAAACUACACAUGAAGCACAAUCCUUAUCAGUCGCUCCUGUAAGAUCUACUCAACCAAAACGUAAACGUCGUGAUCGAAUUCCUGAAAGACCAAAUUAUAGUAUUAAUCUAUGGGGCAUAAUGAAAAAUUGUGUCGGAAAAGAUUUAUCUAAAAUACCGAUACCGGUCAAUUUCAGUGAGCCAAUAUCAAUGUUACAGCGUAUAACAGAAGAAUUAGAAUAUUCGUCGGUAUUAGAUCGAGCAGCAAAAGCUACAGAUAAUUGGGAACAACUAGCCUAUGUAGCAGCAUUUACAAUAUCGGCAUAUUCGACAACUACAACAAGAGUUAAUAAACCAUUUAAUCCUUUAUUAGGAGAAACAUAUGAAUGUGAUCGUACCGAUGAUUUAGGGUGGCGUUCUAUGGCAGAACAAACUGGCCAUCAUCCACCCGCAUUAUCCACACAUGCUGAAGGUCAAGGUUGGACAUUGUAUCAAGAAUUUACCAUGACUAGUAAAUUUCGUGGGCAAUAUUUAAGUAUAACACCAUUAGGUUACUCACAUCUGGUAUUUAAAAACACCGGAAAUCACUUUACAUGGAAAAAGGUGACAACAUUAGUAAAUAAUAUUAUAGUUGGCAAAUUAUGGAUUGAUAAUGUUGGUGAAAUGGACAUUAUUAAUCAUACAACGAAAGACGUAUGUAAAUUAAAAUAUUAUCCGUAUAGUUAUUUUUCAAAAGAUGUACCACGAAAAGUGACUGGUGUUGUCACCGAUUCACAGCAGCAAGCUAAAUGGGUAUUAACAGGAACAUGGACAGAAAAAAUUGAAGGUGGUCCCGUUGAUACUACUGCUCGUCAUUCUCAUUCCCAUCAUAUGGAAACGCGCAAUAUGAAACUAUUGUGGCAACGUAAAAUGCCACCAGCAUAUUUAGAAAAAAUGUAUUAUUUUACUGAAUUAGCUAUUCAGUUAAACGAAGAUGAACCCAAUGUUGCACCAACCGAUUCUCGUAAACGUCCUGAUCAGCGUCUCAUGGAAGAAGGUCGAUGGGACGAAGCAAAUCAAGAAAAAUUACGAUUAGAAGAUAAACAACGUCAAGUACGACGUCAACGUGAACAAAGUGGAAAUGAUGAUUAUGUAUCAAAAUGGUUUAAGAAAAAACAAGAUGAUUUAACACAGUCGGAAAUGCACAUAUUUACAAAUGAAUAUUGGGAUUGUAAAGCCAAACAAGACUGGUCUAGAUGUCCGGAUCUUUAUUAA